AUGAGACCCCCUUCCAGCUCCGGCAUCUAUGUGAGCCGUGGAGUGGCCCUGCUGCUGGCCGGGCUGCUCAUCGCGCUCCUGCUGGUGCUGGUUGUGCUAGCUGCACUGUACGGCAAGAGCGCGCGCGUGCAGCCAUCCCAGCAGGACACUGUCCGGGUCCAGGAAGCCUCGUCGCUACCCCCUGGCGGGUGGGACCAGGUACCACCGACCCAGAGACCAGGCGCUGGACGUGAGCCGUCGGUGGCCACCACCCCGCAAGACUGGCGACCCCCGGAGCCCUGGGACCAGCUGCGCCUGCCGCCGUGGCUUGUGCCCCUUCACUAUGAUCUGCAGUUGUGGCCCCGGCUACGGCCCGAUGAUCUGCCCACGCCGAGCUUGACCUUCACCGGUCAGGUGAACAUCACCAUACGCUGCACAGUGGCCACCUCGCGAUUGCUGCUGCAUAGUCUCUUUCUGGAUUAUGAGCGCGUGGAAGUGCGGGGUCCCCUGGACCGGGAGACUAGGAACGCCACCCUGGGCAGCAUGCGGGUGGAUGAUGUUUGGUUCCCGCUCCACACGCAAUAUAUGGUACUGGAGCUCGGCCAGGCGCUGCAGCCGGGUAGUCGUUAUGAGCUGUACCUCAGCUUCUCUGGCAAGGUGCUGCAGGAAGUCACAGAGGGGCUCUUCCUGAAUGUCUACACCGACCAGGGCGAGCGCAGGGCCCUGAUAGCAUCUCAAAUGGAACCAACAUUUGCCAGGAACGUUUUUCCUUGUUUUGAUGAGCCAGCUCUGAAGGCAACUUUUAAUAUUACAAUUAUUCAUCAUCCAGGCUAUGUGGCUCUUUCCAAUAUGCCACAGCUAGGUCAAUCUGAAAAAGUCGAUGUGAAUGGAAGCAAAUGGACUGUUACUACCUUUCACACCACGCCCCACAUGCCAACUUACCUUGUUGCACUUGCUGUAUGUGAUUAUGACCAUGUCAACAGAACAGAGAGAGGCAAGGAGAUACGUGUCUGGGCCCGGAAAGACGCCAUUGCAAAUGGAAAUGCAGACUUUGCUCUAAACAUCACAGGUCCCAUCUUCUCAUUUCUGGAGGAUUUAUUUAAUAUCAGUUAUCCACUUCCAAAAACAGAUAUAAUUGCCUUGACCACUUUUGACAACAAAGCAAUGGAAAAUUGGGGGCUGUUGGUGUUUGAUGAGUCAUCAUUGUUGCUGCAACCAAAUGAUGAGCUGACAGAGAAAAAAGCUCUGAUCUCCUCCACUGUCUCCCAUGAGAUUGGACACCAGUGGUUUGGAAACUUGGUUACCAUGAGUUGGUGGAACAAUAUCUGGCUCAAUGAGGGGUUUGCGUCUUAUUUUGAACUUGGAAUAAUUAACUACUUCAACCCUAAACUUCCAAAAAAUGAGAUCUUUUUUUCUAACUUUUUACAUGAUGUCCUCAGAGAAGAUCAUGCCCUGGAGUCUAGAGCUGUGUCCAUGAAGGUGGACAAUUUGACAGAAACAAGUGAAAUCAUUGAACUCUUUGACUUAUUUACUUACAGCAAGGGAGCGUCUAUGGCCCGGAUGCUUUCUAGUUUCCUGAGUGAGCAUUUAUUUAUUAGUGCACUUAAGUCAUAUCUGGAGACAUUUUCUUACUCAAAUGCUGAGCAAGAUGAUCUAUGGAGACAUUUUCAAAUGGCCAUUGAUAAGCAGACUAUAAUUCAUUUGCCAGCAACAGUGAAAACCAUAAUGGACAGCUGGACAUACCAGAGUGGUUUUCCAGUCCUUACUUUAAAUGUGUCUACUGGUGUCAUGAUACAGGAGCCAUUCUAUCUUGAAAAGGUUGAAAAUCAGACUCUUCUAAGCCACAAUAGCACAUGGAUUGUCCCUAUACUUUGGAUGAAAAAUGGAAUCAUACAAUCUUUAGCCUGGCUGGAUAAAAGCAGCAAAAUAUUCCCUGAAAUGCAACUUUCAGAUUCUGACCAUGACUGGGUGAUUUUAAAUUUGAAUAUGACUGGAUAUUAUCGAGUUAAUUAUGAUAAAUUAGGUUGGAAGAAGUUAAAUCAACAGCUUGAAAAUGAUCCUAAGGCUAUUCCUGUUAUCCACCGACUGCAGUUGAUGAGCGAUGCUUUUACCUUAUCUAAAAACAAUUAUAUUGAGAUUGAGACAGCACUUGAUUUAACCAAGUACCUUGCUGAAGAAGAUGAAAUCAUAGUGUGGUGUGAAGUCUUGGUAAACUUGAUAAACAGGGAUCUUAUUUCUGAUGUGAACAACUAUGCUAUAUACCCAUUACUGAAGAAGUAUCUACUGAAGAGACUUGACUCAAUAUGGAAUAUUUAUUCAGCUAUAAUUCGAGAAAAUGUGGCAGCAUUACAAGACAAUUAUUUAGCUCUAAUAUCAUUGGAAAAACUUUUUGAAACAGCGUGUUGGUUGGGUCUUGAAGACUGUCUCCAGCUGUCAAAAGAGCUCUUCAGAAAAUGGAUGAAGCAUCCAGAGAAUGUAAUCCCACAUCCAAUUAGAAGUGUGGUUUUAUGCUAUGGCAUUGCCUUGGGAAGUGAUAAGGAAUGGGACUUUUUGUUAAGUGUUUACAACAAAACAAAAAAGGAAGAGGAAAGGAUUCAUCUGGCUUAUGCAAUGAGCUGCAGUAAAGAGCCAUGGAUACUGCACAGGUUUAUGGAGUAUGCCAUCACUUUACCUCCAUCCACCUUUAGUGAGGCAAAUGUGAUGGAAAUUGUGGCAGCAUCUGAAGUCGGCCGGUAUGUUGCAAAGGACUUUUUGGUCAAUAAUUGGCCAGCUGUGGGUAAAAGAUAUGGAGCACAGUCACUGGUUACUCUACUGUGUAUCAUAGGAAGGACCAUAAAUACAGAUCAACAGAUUACAGAGCUGCAGCAGUUUUUCAGUAACAUGUUGGAAGAGCACCAGAGGAUCGAGGUUCAUGCCAAAUUACAGGCAAUAAAAACUGAAAACCUGGAAAACAAGAAGAGAAAUGCCAGGAUGGUUGAGUGGCUUCGGAAGAACACAUGACUGGUGGCUACGUGCAGCAUGCACUUUGCAUUUUAUAAUCUUGUUUGCUCAGAUUUGUCUUGGUACUUUGUGACUCUAGAAAACUGGUUUCUCUUAUUUCAGUCUCAUUUUACUACACGCAAGUUCCUCUUCCUAGUGUCAUAUUCAGCCCCAGGGCUCAGUGAUUCCUGAGAAAUUCUGUCUACACUGCUGGAUAUCUAGGGCAGUUUUUAUGUCCCAUUGGGUGCAAACCCACAAAAUUUGCUUUAACUGCCUUGUGAAAAACAAAUUCACUUAAGAAAGUCUUGUUUAUUCUGCAGCGAAGGCCAGUGGAACAUUAAAUCUUCAGUAUUAAUGAAGAGCACAUUCUUUUCUGAUGAAAAUACAGACCUGAAGU